GGGAGCUGCCGGCGGCUCUGGAAUAGAGAGAGGAGGAUCGGAGCUAAAGGUCGCUCGGUCCGGGAGCUGGUACUCAACACAUGGCCACCCGGCUCCUACUCUGAGUGGGAUCACCCCUCUGGCACACUCACACUGGAGGCAGUGAGUAGGAUUACCUGGCACACUCACACUGGGAUCAACCCUCUGGCACACUCACACUGGGAUCACCCCUCUGGCACACUCACACUGGAGGCAGUGAGUAGGAUUAGCUGGCACACUCACACUGGACGUUGUGAGUAGGAUUACCCUUUACCACACUCACACUGGCGGCUGUGAGUGAGCUCACCCCUCUGGCACACACUGCAGACUGUGAGUGGGAUCACCCCUCUGGCACAAUCACUCUGGAAGCUGUGAGUGGGAUCAGUAGUAAGGCUCACUCACACAACAGCUGAGCGAGGAUGUCUGUGACCGAACUCUACUCUCGGUAUACCCGGGUCUGGAUUCCUGACCAAGAAGAAGUCUGGAAAUCUGCGGAAAUCAUUAAGGAUUACAAAGAAGGGGAUAAAACCUUGCAACUAAAACUUGAAGAUGAAUCGGUCAUAGAAUAUCCCUUGGCAGGUUCUCCAACCCAGUUACCUCACUUACGGAAUCCUGAUAUUUUGGUUGGAGAGAAUGACCUCACGGCACUUAGUUACCUCCACGAGCCAGCUGUUUUACACAACCUCAAAGUUCGCUUCCUGGAAUCCAAUCACAUCUAUACUUAUUGUGGGAUCGUGCUUGUUGCCAUUAACCCCUAUGAGCAGUUGCCAAUCUAUGGAGAAGAUGUCAUUUACGCGUACAGUGGCCAAAAUAUGGGGGACAUGGACCCUCAUAUAUUUGCAGUGGCUGAGGAGGCGUACAAACAGAUGGCCAGGGAUGAAAAGAACCAGUCUAUAAUUGUAAGCGGAGAGUCUGGAGCAGGAAAAACUGUGUCUGCCAAAUAUGCCAUGCGGUUCUUUGCCACAGUUGGUGGCUCUGCCAGUGAGACCAACGUGGAAGACAAGGUCCUGGCGUCAAGUCCCAUUAUGGAGGCUAUCGGAAAUGCCAAAACCACCAGGAAUGAUAACAGUAGUCGCUUUGGAAAAUACAUCCAGAUUGGGUUUGAUAAACGAUACCACAUCAUUGGUGCCAAUAUGAGGACGUACCUGCUUGAAAAGUCACGUGUUGUGUUUCAGGCAGAGGAGGAACGUAAUUACCACAUCUUCUACCAGCUCUGCGCCUCUGCCAGUUUGCCUGAGUUUUCCGAAUUGGCACUAACACCAGCUGAUGAUUUUUUUUACACCAGUCAGGGGGGCGAUACGGCUAUUGACGGCGUUGAUGACGCAGACGACUUUGAGAAAACUAGGCAAGCUUUAACACUGCUGGGGGUCAAGGAGUCUCACCAGAUGAGUAUAUUUAAAAUAAUUGCUUCCAUUCUGCACCUCGGAAAUGUAAAUAUUGAGUCGGAAAGAGAUGGGGAGUCCUGUAGCUUACUGAAAGGCGAUGUUUAUCUGAACAAUUUCUGUACAUUGCUGGGAGUGGAGCACGACCAAAUGGAGCACUGGCUUUGCCAUAGGAAACUCAUCACCACGUCAGAGACAUAUGUGAAGAACAUGCCUGUGCAGCAAGCCUUAAAUGCAAGAAACGCGUUGGCAAAACAUAUCUAUGCCCAACUAUUCAACUGGAUUGUACAACACGUCAACAAAGCACUGCAUACCACCAGCAAACAGCAUUCAUUUAUUGGUGUUCUUGACAUAUACGGGUUUGAAACAUUUGAAAUAAACAGCUUUGAACAGUUUUGUAUCAACUAUGCCAACGAGAAGCUCCAGCAGCAGUUUAACUCGCAUGUCUUUAAACUGGAGCAAGAGGAGUACAUGAAAGAACAGAUUCCUUGGACUCUAAUAGAUUUCUAUGAUAAUCAGCCAUGCAUCGACCUUAUAGAGGCCAAACUUGGCAUUUUGGACCUUUUAGAUGAAGAGUGCAAGGUGCCCAAAGGAACGGACCAGAACUGGGCCCAGAAGUUGUAUGACAGACACAGCAGCAGCCAGCACUUUAAGAAACCUCGAAUGUCUAAUGUCUCAUUCAUUGUUGUGCACUUUGCUGAUAAGGUGGAGUAUCAAUGUGAUGGGUUCUUAGAGAAGAACAGGGAUACGGUCUAUGAAGAGCAGAUUAAUAUACUGAAAGCCAGUAAGUAUCCUAUGGUUGCGGACCUAUUUCACGAUGAGAAGGAUGCCGUUCCACCAACUCCCACCUCAAAAUCAAAAAUCAGUGUCCGCCCAGCUAAACCUGCCAUGAAAAACACCAACAAAGAACAUAAGAAAACUGUAGGGCACCAGUUCCGUAACUCUCUGCAAUUACUGAUGGAGACCUUGAAUGCCACCACGCCGCAUUAUGUGCGGUGUAUUAAACCCAAUGAUGAAAAGCUAUCCUUUAGUUUCGACCCAAAGAGAGCAGUUCAACAGCUGAGAGCUUGUGGGGUCCUGGAAACCAUCCGAAUUAGUGCUGCCGGCUACCCAUCCAGGUGGACGUACCAUGACUUCUUCAACAGAUACCGUGUUCUGAUGACAAAGAAGGAUCUUUCCCAAAAUGACAAAAAGAACAUUUGUAAAACAGUCCUAGAGAAGCUUGUUAAGGAUCCAGACAAGUUCCAGUUUGGUCGCACCAAGAUCUUUUUCCGGGCUGGGCAAGUGGCCUACUUGGAGAAACUGCGUGCCGACAAAUUCCGAGCAGCUACCAUCAUGAUACAGAAAACUGUACGAGGCUGGUUACAAAGGCUGAAAUACAGAAGGAUGAAGAAUGCUGCUUUAACAAUUCAGAGAUACACACGUGGAUAUCUCGCUCGCAAGUUGGCAGACCAUCUCAGAAAAACAAAAGCUGCCAUAAUCCUCCAGAAGCAAUUGCGGAUGAUUCGUGUGUAUCGUGGCUACCAGAGGAUCCGCAAGGCUGCUAUUACCAUCCAAUCCUUCACUCGGGGCAUGUUUGAUAGAAGAGCUUAUCGAGAGCUACUGGUACAGUAUAAAGCCACCAUCAUUCAGAAGUACCUGCGUCGGUGGAUCGCCCGAAAGAACUUCGGCAAGUUCCGCAGUGCGGCCAUUGUCAUCCAGUGCUGCUUUCGCCGGAUGAAAGCCAAAAGGGAGCUGAAGCAGCUGAAGAUCGAGGCUAGGACUGCUGAGCACUUCAAGAAACUCAGUGUAGGAAUGGAGAACAAGGUGGUUCAACUUCAGAGGAAGAUAGAUGAACAGAACAAAGACUAUAAGGAGAUAAAAGAGCAGCUAGCAACCACAGCCUUAACGCAUGCAGUGGAGGUGGAAAAGCUACAGAAAGAACUGGAGAAACAACGGCAGAGCCGGCCGGAUGACAACCAGCUCGCCGUGUUACAGGAGGAGAUAGAGAGUCUGAAAGCUGAACUUGCUAAGACCUUGGAUGAAAGGAAGAUCAUAGAGGAUACAUACACCAGCGAAAAGCAGCAACUACAACAGCGAAUAUCAGACCUGGAAGAUGAGAAUGCUCACUUAAAAGAAGAAAAAGAAGAACUCAACAGUAAAAUCAUUUUGCGUUCAGAAGAUGAGUCUUCUCAAAGCGUAGUUAAGGAAACCGCGCAAAAAGAGCUUGAGGAGGAGAGGUCUCGUCACCAGAACCUCGUCAAGGAGUAUACAAGGCUGGAGCAGCGAUAUGACAACCUGAAAGAGGAGGUGACCAUCAUCAAGCAAGCACCAGGACAUAGGAGGAAUCCAUCGAACCAGAGCAGUCUGGAAUCAGACUCGAAUUACCCAUCUAUCUCCACGUCUGAGAUCGGGGAUACUGAGGAUGUUAUAAUGGAGGUGGAGGAGGCAGGGCUGGAGAAAGCCGCUCUGGAUAUGACACUAUUCCUCAAACUACAGAAAAGAGUGAGAGAGCUCGAGUUAGAGAGAAAGAAGCUACAAAAUCAACUGGAUAAGAAGGAACAGCAAGAAAAUAAAAAAUCCCAGGCUAUAGAAACAGUAGCAGAGAUUAAUGCAGACCGUGAUACUGAUAUUGCGUACAACAAUUUGAAGAGGCAGGAACUGGAAUCAGAAAAUAAGAAACUUAAAAACGACUUGAAUGAGCUUCGGAAGGCCCUUGCAGAUGGUGCAAGUGAGACUAACUCGAAUGAUGAGUCCAGCGGGUAUACUUUACUGCUGAACCAGCUAAAAACCGCCAAUGAAGAGCUGGAGGUACGAAAGGAAGAGGUUCUCAUUCUGCGAAGUCAAAUUGUAAAUGCGUCUCAGCAAAAGGAGGCAGAAAAAAGUGUGGAUUCAGAAGCAAGCUGGGCUAACAGCAAUCGUGAAAUGGAUCAAGAUGAUGCUAUUGAGGCUUAUCAUGGCGUCUGUGAAACAAACAGAAAGACUGAGGACUGGGGGUAUCUGAAUGAAGAUGGGGAGCUUGGCUUAGCAUAUCAAGGAUUAAAACAAGUUGCCAGAUUAUUGGAGGCUCAGCUGCAGGCACAAAUUAGACAGCAUGAUGAUGAGGUUGAGGUUCUGACAUCUAAUAUUGAAACACUGAAAGAGGAACUGGAUAACCAGCAGCAGGUUCUACUCCAAGCUAUGCAGUUGUCCCCCGAAGCCCAGAUCGAGUUUGGAAUCCAGCAAGAAAUUAAUCGUCUGACUAAUGAGAACCUGGACCUAAAAGAAUUGCUAGAGAAAUCUGAAAAGAAUGAGAAGAAGCUGAAGAAACAGUUGAAGCUAUAUUUGAAGAAGGUUCAGGAGAUUGAGGGAUCUCCAGAGGUCAUUCCGACUGAAAAGAAACCUCAUGAACUUACCAGGCAGGUCACCGUGCAGAGAAUCGAGAAGGAUUUCCAGGGAAUGCUGGAAUAUUACAAGGAGGAUGAAGCUCAACUGGUCAGAAACCUGAUCAUAGAUCUAAAGCCGGAGCUGAUGACUGCCACUGUGCCAUGUCUGCCCGCAUACAUCCUCUUUAUGUGCAUCCGACAUGCAGACGACAUUAACGACGACCAAAAAGUGCACUCCCUUCUCACUACCACCAUCAAUGGAAUUAAGAAAGUGUUAAAGAAACAUAAUGAUGACUUCCGAAUUACAUCAUUCUGGCUUUCAAACUCCAGCCGCCUUCUUCAUUGUUUGAAACAAUACAGCGGGGAUGAAGGCUUCAUGACCAGUAAUACUGCCAAACAAAAUGACCACUGUUUGAGGAACUUUGAUCUAACAGAGUACCGGCAAGUCCUCAGUGACUUGUCCAUCCAGAUCUAUCAACAGCUCAUUAAAAUAUCUGAAGGACUUCUACAGCCAAUGAUAGUGUCCGCCAUGCUGGAAAACGAAAGCAUCCAAGGCCUAUCAGGUGUCAAGCCAACAGGAUACCGUAAGAGGUCUUCAAGUAUGGUGGACGGAGACAACUCGUACAGCCUAGAGGCUGUUAUCCGGCAGUUAAGUCAGUUCCACAGUAUCAUGUGUGAUCACGGCCUUGACCCGGAGAUCAUCCAGCAAGUUAUUAAGCAGCUAUUCUACAUGAUCAAUGCAGUAUCACUAAAUAACCUAUUAUUAAGGAAGGAUGUCUGUUCCUGGAGCACUGGCAUGCAGCUAAGGUAUAACAUCAGUCAGCUGGAAGAGUGGCUGCGAGGGAAGAACUUGCAUCCGAGUGGCGCUGCACAGACCAUGGAACCACUGAUUCAGGCGGCACAAUUACUGCAACUCAAAAAGAAAACACAGGAGGAUGCGGAGGCCAUAUGCUCCCUGUGCACAGUUCUCACUAUGCAGCAGAUUGUAAAAAUACUUAAUCUGUAUACACCAGUGAAUGAAUUUGAAGAACGUGUGUCAGUCUCCUUUAUCAGAACUAUUCAGGCCCAGCUACAAGAACGAAACGAUCCUCCCCAGUUAUUGCUGGACUCGAAAUUUAUAUUCCCAGUUUUAUUUCCUUUUAGCCCUUCUGCGAUAACGUUGGAUACCAUCCACAUCCCUGCUGCUCUUCACCUGGAUUUUCUUAACAAAGUUUAAAAAGACAAUUUUUUUUUUUUUUAUAAAAAAUAAUCCGUAAAAAAAAACCACAAAAAAAAACCACAAAAAAAAACACACGCACACAAAAGAACAAGAAGAUAAUAUAUAAAUAAAUAUCUAUAUAAGAUUUAGGACCAAACUUUGCAUUGUAUAAACUGGAUGCCGUCAAGUUGUAAUUAUAUCUGCAAGUUUAAAGCACUGAAACUAAUUUUAUUUUUCUUCCACUGUCAUAAUGACUUGAAUUAGAAGUUUGUUUUUUUAAAUCUGUGUUGUCCGUGAUAGGAUUGGCCUAUGUUUACGCCAGCACAAUGACAUGCAGGACGCACGAAACAAAGUGAUGUAUAUGGCUUAAAAAAAAUGGUUGAUUAUUUUAAACA